UGGACAUCCAAAUAAGAAAUCCAAAAACGGAUCUGAAUCGACUUCAUCCAUAAUUCCAUAUUUUCUUCCCCCUAUAAAUAUCAGAAUACUCUGCAAGAAGAGCUCCUUUCUCUUAAUUGACACGGGUAUAUCUUGGCAAUCUCUACCAGAUUUCAGACUGGAAUAAUUCCCUCCAUUUCCUUUUUCGAUGGCUGACAACACCAAUUGCACUGUUUACGUUGGAAAUCUCGAUGAGAGGGUGAGUGAUAGGGUACUUUAUGACAUCCUCAUUCAAGCAGGACCAGUUGUGGACUUGUAUAUUCCACGGGAUAAAGAAACUGAGAAGCCAAAAGGUUAUGCUUUUGCUCAGUAUGAAACGGAGGAGAUAGCUGGCUACGCUGUCAAGCUGUUUUCUGGCCUUGUAGUUCUCUACAACAAGACACUUAAAUUCGCCAUAUCUGGUCAAGACAAGCCCUCAGCUAAUUCACCUGCACUGAGUUCAUCACAUAGACAAAGACCCCAUUCUUCAUCUUAUGGCGAAGUGGGAGUUUCUUCAAACUCUACCAAGCCAUCAAUGCCUAGCAGAUUUUCUGAGCACCAUUUAUAUUCUUCUCAAGAGCGUGACACACAAGGUAUGUCAUUUCAUCAUCGUAGUGGGUAUAGAUCCAAUUAUGAACACUCUAGUGGGCAUAGAUCGGAUUAUGAAGACAAAUAUGAGCACCCUAAUGGAUAUAGAUCUUAUUAUGACAAUGACCAUUAUGAGCUCUCUAAUGGAUAUAGAUCUCAUCAUGGUAACUACCAUUAUGAUUACAGUCGAAGAGUACUUUGAGACAGCUUUGGUUUGUAUUAUUGGGUAUAGGUUCGGAGAAAUGCUUCACAUGUCUCUACCAGUGUUUGUUCCUCAAUUGAGUCAUUGUGAUAUGUAGAUGCCCCUUCUUGUAUCAAGCUAUACGGUAGCAUGUAGAUCGGUGAGCACAUUAUAAGGUUAUUUCAUCGGGUGUCUAAUUUUUUAGCAGGUUUAUUAUGUUAGCCUGUUGGUUGUUGUCCAGUCAGUUUGCAAAGAGUCUUCAUUGGCAGCGACAAUUUAGCUUGAUUUCUUUCAAAGAGAGUACAAGGUUGUGGAAUUUUAGGUUCAAUGUUAUUGUUUUUCCUUUCUUUUUUUUUUUUUGAAAUGAAGCUAGAAAGGAAAAAUUCUUUCUUGCAAACCUACUUUUACCCAUUUCUAUUAUUACUUUAUGUUUUGAUGCAUUUGGAUUACUGGAUUUGUUUUUUUAUUCCCAAAGGCAGAGAAAUUGCUGCUUGUUUGGGGAGAAUGUAGUUAUCAGUUUUUACCCAGUAAAGAAAAUACAUAUUGGACUCGAACCAACUGAAUGGGUUGGACAUGAGAUCAUUGUUAGAUACCGUAUAAGUUUUGUUUUAUGAUCACUGUUGUAUAACUGUUUAGUAAUGAUUGAUGAUGUUGUAAUUACACACAUGCCAUAUUAGUCAUCCCGUUGCAGUAUAGCACUACAUAUUUUCAGUAUGUAUAUCAUUUUUCGUUUGUUGUUAAUGUGUGUUUGGCUGGUUUCCUAUCUUCUUCCUAUCUUCUUCCUAUCUUCUUCUACAUAAGGAUUCCCUAGGAUCUAAACUUGAUGCUGCUGUCUGAAUAAUUAUGGCAAACAAUCGUUGUAACUCUCAGAAGCAGACAUAUAUUCCCCCCAUUCUCUUUUAUAUGUUUUUUGUCUUGAGAAUUCAUCAAACAGAGGUUAAUGUAGUUAAAAUAUGAAAGUACAUUUUAUUUAUUGUUCAUAUAAUUCAACACAAACUAAUAAAAAUUCAUUAGGAACGCUUGAAAGAAAAGAUUAGUAGAUCAUUUGUUAUUAUCACUAUAUGUAGGAUUUGACCAUAUGUUGCUCCAUAUAACUACAUGUACAUGCAACUGACACAUUGAUUUUUUUCUAAUAAUCUUUUAUUAGUCCGGAGAUAUUCUUUGACACGGUGUUGAGUGUUCCCCC